GUAGAAUUAAAGUGCGGCGAUGUACGCAUCUCUGGUCGGCAGUGCUCGUCGGCGGUCGUUCACUAAAGGAGCCUGAAGAAGAGUUACUGUGCCGCAUCGCCAUGAAUACGACGACCACCUCGUGAAAAGACCGCUGCUCUUAUACACAUUCGCGUAUACACAAUACAUACGCGCGCCGUAGACAUUCUGCUUCUACGAAGACGAACCGGCAGGUAAAAGGCGAUGGAGUCUGUCUGUUCCUCGCGGUAACAAAUUGUUGUUAAGAACAAUAGUACCGAUAAUAACAACGACGAGGACGAAGGGCGUGUGCGAUGGACGACGUGGUGGCCGAGUUGAGAACCGAGAUCGAGCGACUGUCUCGGGAGCUGGAUCUCGCUUCUACCGAGAAGAUCCAGUCGGCCCAAUACGGACUCGCUUUACUCGAAGAGAAGGGUCAACUCCAGCUGCGAUGCAACGACCUUGAAGGUCUCUACGACCACACCAAACACGAACUCGAAAUCACUCAGGAGGCUUUGGCAAAAUAUCAAACAACUACAAAAUUAACAACUAAGAGUGGUAUUGAGCAAGAAGAGAGCUUAUUAAAUGAAAGUGCUGCAAGAGAAACUAGUUUACAGACUCAAAUUAUUGAGUUGGAAAGUGAAGUGAAGCAGUUGCGCCAUGAGUUGGAGCGAGUGCAAGCAGAGCGUGAUCAUGCUCUACAAGAAAGAGAAGACGUAGGCAAAGACCAUUUGGUGGUUGAGACAGAACGUAGAAGUUUGCGCACAGAGCUUAAAGAAUGUAGAUUUAGAGAGUCCAGAUUAUUGCAAGACUAUACAGAGCUUGAAGAUGAAAAUAUUUCCUUACAAAAGCAAGUGUCCAUACUACGUUCCAGUCAAGUAGAGUUUGAAGGUGCCAAACAUGAAAUUCGUAGAUUAUCCGAGGAUGUAGAAUUUUUGAAUAGCCAAGUAGAAGAACUGACAAACUUAAAAAAAAUUGCCGAAAAACAAAUGGAAGAAGCACUGGAAUCACUGCAAGCAGAGCGAGAAGCAAAAUAUGUUUUAAAGAAGGAACUAGACCAGAGAAUGAACAGUGAAUCCAUUUAUAACCUUAGCAAUCUUGCACUUUCGAUUCGUGGAAUGACAGAUGAACAAAAUAUCUGUAGUGAUGGUGAAGAUGAAUCUCCAGCAUUGCGAAGGAUUGAAGAUGACUUGAAAACUCAAGAACCUGGCACUUCUACACCUAACAAACAGGUGGAUUUGUUCUCUGAAAUUCAUUUGAAUGAAUUGAAAAAGCUUGAAAAACAAUUGGAAUUGGCUGAAAAUGAAAAGGCAGUACUGACUCAAAAUCUAAAAGAUUCACAGUUUGUUGUUGAGAAAAGUCAAGGUGAACUCCAGUCUUUCAUUGCAAGAAUAGUCCAGUUAGCUGCUCAUGUUCAAUCUUUGCAACACAUUCAUUCCAAGCUGCCAGAAAAACAAGGGGAUGAUACAACACUUGACAAACUAAAUUUGGCUGUUAUUCAAUACCACCAGUGGAGUACCAUGUCAGCACAAGAAGUUCAACAACUCCAAAAAGAUUUGACUGAGCUUGAAAGGGGUUUGACGAUAUCUGAUUCUACUCAACAUCUAAGAACAGAAUUAACAAAUCUUCGAAAUAAGAUACCUGUAACAGAGAAGAGUCUCCAAGAAAAGGUUGGGGAAUGUGGUCCUUCUAAUCUGUUGGAUACCGAGCAGAGGAGUAUGUUGUUAGAGUCGGAUGUUAGUAUCCUUUCAAAACUUGCAGUAGAGGCUGGUAGUUCUUUGGAAUCAUCUCAAAACGAUCUUCAAAAUAUGUCCGAUGAGCUCGCUCAACUCUAUCAUCACGUAUGCACAGUUAACGGUGAAACACCUUCAAGGGUCAUUCUAGAUCAUGAGAAAACAGCCCCUGAAAGCGAAGAAGACGGUGGAAAAAUUGAAUGGUGUAGGACGCUCUUCAAGACUGACAUUAAAAUCAAAGAUCUCGAGAGUCUUAGUAAAGCUAAGGAAAUUACCAAGAGUAUUGAAACUGCCAUGGAUCAAAUUAAACAUCUGAAAAAUGCCGUGGAACACACGAUCGAAUUGUCGAAAAUCAAGGGCAUUAAAACUGGAAUGUGUGCUGUGUGUGAAGCCUCUGUUAGUGAGAAUAAAUUGGAAGUGGCAGAGUUGCAAGAACAAGUGAUUCGACUGAAAUCUUUGCUGUCUGCCAAACGAGAGCAAAUAGCGACUCUCAGAACGGUUCUGAAAUCCAACAAGAAUACCGCUGAAGUGGCGUUGAGUAAUCUCAAAAGCAAAUACGAAAACGAGAAGACUGUGGUGAAUGAGACAAUGCUAAAAUUGAGAAACGAGCUAAGGACAUUGAAAGAAAGUGCAGCAACAUUCUCAAGUCUGCGCGCAAUGUUCGCUGCGCGUUGCGAGGAAAAUGCGACGCGCGAGGAUGAGUUGAAACGCCAAUUGGCAGUCGCCGAAGAGGACCGCAAGACACUCAACCAACUACUUCGUCUAGCUGUCCAGCAGAAACUGUGUGUGACAAUGAAACUCGAGGAAUUUGAAGUCGAUCGAGAACUGAGGAACACAAGGCGGCACUCGCAGAACGCCGCUCAAGGUGGAGGUGGUGGUGGUGGAAAUGGAGGCAGGGGCCGUGGUAGGCUGCCACAGCAGACGAACCGUCCUCAUCAGGGCAGGGACUUCUUCUAGAAGAUGGUCAAGAUGUGGGGCAAAAUAUUCUGAGACGCGCCCAAUACGGAACGACCGCGCGAGCUCGAUAGAUCUUUCAAGAGAUUUUAAAAUAUUCUGUACAGACUACUAAGCUGUCGGCUUAGAAUUUUUAUAAGAUUUUACAAAUCGACUUCGUUAGAUUUCUAAUAAUCAUUCUUUUUUUAAGAUAAAAUUUGAAAAUCGGGUAUUGAUGAGAUUGACACUCUUGAAAUCUAUCUUUGAAUAUAGACUUUGUGAAUUUGUUGACAGAAUAACAUUGGUACAAUAUAAAAAUAUAGGUGAAUAUUAAUUUUAUAAAAUUCCAAGUCUGUUGUAAAAUUGACGAGUCUCUUUUCAGAAAUGAUAGCUCGAUUGUUGAGUGAAAAUACAUUCAUACACUUCAUCGUCACCUUUCUUCAAUUGUAAAAUGAAUGAUUCCAUCAACAUUAACUCAACAAUCGAUUGAAUGGCCAUAAAAAGCUCGUAAAAACGUUCCAUUAAAUUUGCUCCACGUCGCGACAAUCUCUGCCUCUUGUUACAGCGUAUCGUGCGAUUAGAUACGUAAGUCCACGAAAUAGUGAAACGACGUCUCAGUGCGUGAAUAAAUUUUUGGAAUGUUGAAUUGCGCUGAACAUGCGUCUAAUAAAAUUUUUUAUGCGCGAAAGAAGGAUAAAUAAAAUCUUCUUGUGUGUUAAACAGUAAAAAGAAGGAAAAGAGAAAUUACAAUCUUAAAUUAAAUUAUUUAUAUUAUUUUAACGUUCCGAAUGGGUGUCGGAAAAGGCGUAUUUUGUGCAAUUAUUUUAAUAUUAUUUUAUUGUAUACAAUACACUGUAAUAAGUUAUGAUUUUUUUAUUGUUUUUUUUCUGCAUAUGCACCUUAUUGUAACCGAUGCUACUACGACAGUUUUUGUAUUAUUUUUUGGCAGCUUUUUUCUAUUUUUUGUAUACUAUCUGACAUAUCUAAGGCAGCUCGAUUAGAAAACAAGUGAACAUAUUAAAUGAGUGAAAAGGAAAACUAGGAAAAAAUUUAUAUAUAUAUAUAUAUAUAUAUAAUGUAAAUGAACUACCUGUAUUUGUAGUUAGAAAUAUUAUAUUUAAAAAGGUCACAGCAUCACUUGCAUACAUUGGUUGACUGAAAUUGCAGAAUUUGAGUUUCCCGUGUUUGAAAUAGUACAUUCCCGCAUUUGUAUCGUAAUGUACUAUUUCGAUACGACGCGUGGAAAGCUCGGUUUUUGAACGCACGUUAUUGGCCGUUCGUGCGGAAAGUACGUACUUUCCGUACGGAGUAUCGAAAAGAGAUUAUUGUUUAAGUGAUUUUAUUUGUUAAAAGAGAAUUAUAAUUUAUCUAAGCUUAGUUAUAAUCAGUGAUAAGUGUGAACAAGUGUUUAACAAGUUUAUUAAAGAUUUAUAAUAUUAACUAUUAAUUAUUGCAUUAACUAAUUACCACUUCUAUCAUUAUACUUACACGAAACUUUAACAAAAGGAAAGUGGAAGAAAAAUUAAAUUUAAACGAUCGUUUCAACGAGCAUUUUUUUUUUCGUUGAUACCAAUAUUUUACUGUUGAAUAUGUUUGUAAAUUGAAUGAUUAUUGUAUGAUAUAGUAAAAUCUCCGCUCAAAAUUUAAUAGGCAAUAGUACGACAUAGACAAAGUAGAUUUAAUUACAAAUAAAUGUAGUAUUAGCUGAUUCAUAUUCUCUAAAAAAAAGUUGUCGAUGAACUUGUAAGUAUAUUAACCGUUGACGAUACUUCUAGAGUAUUUAGAAAUUCCUUCCAAAUAAAUCACGAGCGGAGAUUCAAAAUAUGUCCAUUAACCAAACCGAGCCUCGUAAGGACCGUCCCUUGUCCUUUCUCCUUACACCACCGUACGAGCUACGUCCACUUAUUUAUAAUGCCUGGAACAGCCAAUUAUUUAUAUUUUUUGAAUAUUUUUAGAAGGCUGUUCUUGAAAAUCUGUCAACGUAAUAAUUGGCGAUUACGAAUAUAUGUUAUAAAAUGAGGUUCAUUUGAAUCUUCUAGUAAUAUAAAUACGAGGAUAGUUUUUUACGUAAGACAAUAAGUGUGAGAGAAUAAUGAGAAAAUUUUUCAAAUCUUCAUGAUUCAGCAUUUCAAUAUUUCAAUUAAGCUUUUUCUCUCAUACGUACGAUCUUUCAUACUUAUAUUAUACCUGCAAUGAAAGUAAGCAUUAAUGAUUUAUUUUCAUAUUAUUUACUUGUAUAAGUUUUAACAUGUUGCAAUCAAUUUUCUAUUGGAUUUGAACAAUAUUUUCAAUUAUACAAUAACAUAAUAUUUCAUUAUGUUAUCGAUCAAAUAUUCUAUUUUAAUAACUUUUUGUUAAAAUGCACAUUAUAUCGUCCAUAAAAAAGUUCCUUGGAAUUCUGCACUUGACUUCAAUUUAGUAAUAUAUUUAUUAACUUAAAAAUCUCGCAUACACGAUAAACUUGACGUUUCACUUUGAAUGCCAUAAUAAAUGUAUCGAUAAAUUUGAAUGUUUUGUGUUCUGCGGUGGUGUCUGGUUUAGCUAUUUCGUAAAAAAAUUUAGUAGUCAUGCAUAACAAAACAAACAAUAUUUACAAUGUAGGAUAAAAUUUAGGUUUCUCUUAAAAAGUAGAUUUUGCGUGUACUCUUGACGAAACGAAUGUACUAACAUACUUAAUUAUUAGCACUUAAUUAUUACAACAAAAAUAAUAUUCCGUUCUAAAAAUCUGAGAAAAACAGUAUUCUAUAAAAUGUUGGUGAAAAACAAAUAAAAAGGAUUCGUGAUCGUUUAAAUGAAUUGAACACUUUUUGAAUUCUUUCCCAUGGGAAAAAAGUAGCUCACGAAAUAGGAGCAUUACUAAUAAUUAUAUCGAAUAGUAAUAAUGGAAAAAAUAUUUUUUCGUGUUAAUACUCCGGUACAAUGUAAUAAUAGUAAAAAGAUAAAUAUUAUCCUAAUAACUGAAGAGAAUUUUUUUAUAUUAACUUAUACAUUUUUGAUAAAUUCUAGCCGCAAUCCUCAAUUGUAUCUGUGCGAUGAUCUAUUAUAGAUAUAUUCUGAUUUUAACAAACAAUUUAUUAAUUUUUGUUGAAAAAGGCUAGAGAAUCGAACAUUUCAGAAGCUUUUCAUUUUUGUAAAACUGCCGAGAAAACGUACUUGUAAAUAGUGUAAAUGCACUAUAGUGAUGUAGCAUUGUAAGAAUAUCAGAAUUUUCCAAAGUAACUGGACGAAUUGAUGGCACUUUUGUGUCACUAUGCAAACAAAUGAAAGCGAAGAGAUAUUUACAAUACACGUAUUUUGUCAUUUAAAUAUUUGUUUGUCUAAACACGUAUACUAAUUAUCUCGAAGAGACUUAUGUCGAUCAAUGAAUGAGUGAAAAAAAUGGUGUCCGCAAAAUUUUAUUUCAAUGCGGUGACGACGGUUACAUGCGAUUUUUCAUAAUAAAUAUUGAAAAAGCUGUUGUGUUGGGUGGCGUUACUCGUAAUCAUAAUUGAUUUUGUAACAUCAAAUAAAUAAUAUACAUUUGUAACUCUAUGACUGCCUAAUUUAUU